CAUCGAACAGGCAACGAUGGCAGCUGACAAAAUUGAAAUGGAGAACGCAGACUCUACUCUAAUGGAAAAGGGCAAGAAGCCACCUGUGUCCAAAGUUCCCAACAAAUUUGAGACACUGCUCCAGCCCUGCCUGGCCGAGAUAAUUGGCACCAUGUUCUUUGUUUUCAUCGGCUGCGUGUCUGUCAUCGAGAAUGUGCCUGCAGCUGGACGUCUGCAGCCGGCCCUGGUGCAUGGGCUGGCUGUGGCAGUGCUGGUGGCGGUCAUGGAUAAUAUCAGCGGCUCCCAUUUCAAUCCGCCCUUCACUAUUGCUAUCUACUUGUGUGGAGGCAUGGAGCUGAUGAUGGUGGGACCCUACCUCGCCAGCCAGCUGAUCGGAGGAGUGCUGGGAGCUGGAAUGGCCAAGGUGAUGACCCCUCCAGAUCGCUACAAAAACGCCACAGGAGCAGCGUUUGAUAUCCUCAAGUCAGACAGCCAGCUGUCUGGAGCCAUCUUUGGAGAAGUGGCCAUGACCUGCCUGGUCACCAUGGUGGUUCUGCUAGUGGCGGUCAACGGAAAGACCAAAACCCCACUGGCUCCUUUCCUAGUGGGCUGUACCGUCAUCGUUAACAUCCUGGCAGGAGGUGAUGUAUCCGGGACGUGUCUGAACCCUGCCAGAGCUUUCGGUCCAGCGGUGAUGACUAACUACUGGCACUACCACUGGGUGUACUGGGUGGGGCCCAUAGGCGGAGGUGUACUGGCCGCUAUUCUGCUCAGGCUCAUUCUCGGCGAUAACAAGUUACGAAUCGUUAUGAAAUCAUAACAGGCUCCAUUGUGAGUUUAUUGCCAUGCACAAACAAUAAACCUGUA